AUGCCAAAAGAAGGAGAGAUACACGGUGCACAGGAGGACUUCCUGCUACGCUUCUUGGAUCAUACGCAGCCAGCGAAAGGCAAACAGACGCAGACCAAGAACGCCGGUCAACAGGACGCUUAUCUCAAACUCGCUCGAGCGCUCGUGCUCGCUUUCGGGGCUGAAAACACUCUGGGCGACGUGAAGCCUACGGAAUUCGUUAAUGUUGAAUUCGCCGAUAUACCGGCCGCUGUGGACAUGCCUCCUCUCGGCGACGCCGCUGCAGAACGUCGUCGUGACGAAGUCAUUGCCGGUUUCGUGAACCCCGUGCGAAACUUUUACAAACGGAAGCGUCACCAGGCCAAACAGGGUGGUGGUGGUCCGGCGCGACUGACUAUGAAACAUAUCCAGCGUGUUGUCGACGCAUUCUCACCGCCUCCCGUACCCCCGAAGGAGCUCGACAUCUACCAAAAGUUUUACCGCUCGCGUUAUAGCGACGCUCUCGAGAGCUCGAUCAAGGCCAAGGAGGUGGCGGCGGCGGGGGACGAACUGGUUUUGGCGUCGCUGAGGAAGGGUAAAGGCGGCUUUGAGCGGGCCUUUGCGAGCCAGAUGUAUGAACGGGAGAAGGAAAACGUGAAGGCGGUUGUCAGGCAAAAGAGGGACGAGGUACACGCAGAGGAACUGAAAAAGUACAACACUCUGUGGGGUGCGCCGCUGGACAUGCCGGGAAAUUCGCGCGCAUGGGUGUACCCGGAGGCGAGCAGCUUCCUCCAGGCGCUUCUGAACUGGCUUGCGACGCGUUUUGGCGUCUCUCUCGUGCUUACCAUCGCCGGCGUUGACAACGGGGGCAUACCCGAUGCCAAUAGUCUUUUCGCGUCAGGACACACCAAGCCCGGCGCCCCCCCGCUAGCGAAUGUCGUGGCGAUGUCUCUGAGCGAUACGCGGCUCCGCAUGUGCCAAUACGUGAGGGACAUGUUGACAGGAGAGUAUCCAACAGGCGCCUCUUCUGCAGAACACCGACACAAGGUUGAGGUUGACGUGGAUGAGCAGAUGGAGGACUUGACUGCGAGGCUGAAUCUGGAACGCGACCCUAUGCAUGUAGUGCGUAAGGAAGAGAUCGCGGAAUGGGCGCAAGGCGAGAUUCCAGAAUCGUCUAAUCGUGGCGCCAGCAGCGAUACGCUGACGGUGGCGGGUGGCGCUGACGUGGCAUCGGCCAGCAUGCCCAAUAGAUCAGAUGAGCCUCAAGAGACGGACUCGCCGGAGGAUCUGAUACGAAGACUUAAAGGAAAGGGUGUCGACAGGACUGGUGCAGGAACGGACAAUCGGUCUCGACGUGCGGUUGGGGAUGGGCGCGUCAAUGCCUAUCAUCCGUUGAAGGCCGCGGUCGCCAGCGGCUCGGGAGACGUGGAUAUCGGACGCGACGCAAUGGACAGAGAGUCGGAUGACCCGUUUGGGACGGGUAUCCUGGACGACAAUGAGCUCAUGUUCGCGGGCCAGUCGGCUGCCUGGCCGACUACGUUCUACUCGCGUGCUUCGAGUCCAGAGACCACGACGACUGACUACGCCAUACGCCGGGCUGGGUUGAGUCGGAGCGUUUCCGAAGCGGGUGACGAUGACGUCGAAGCCAUGGACGUGGAUACGCACGAGCAUCUGUUCGGGAGCCCGGUCGCUGACAUGGCGGACGUACGAACAGGCGAGGAGUUGGCGCGGGCGGAGCACGGUCGGGAAGAGAUGGCCAAUGGGGAGGGCACGGAGAUGAGCGCGACGGACAGCGAAGUAGAGAAAGUUCAGAAAGCCGACGCAUAUCAGGCUUCGCUGUUCAAGGAUCGGCGGUUGGCCAAGACGAAGGAGAAGUCCGAGCGUACGCUGCUCUUGGGUGCAAUUGCCCGCUCUCGUGCGGGCGAAAGCCGCAAGCGGCAGCGACUUCCACCCAAGGUUAACCCCGACGACCCCGCGACCAACGACGCCGCCGCGGCCGCCGGAACAACUAAGAGGAAGGCUACCGGCGCCAAAAGGGGCGGUGUCAAGCUAACCAAACGCGCCGCCGAGAAGGUGAUACGUGGUGGAGGUACUGCCUCAAACGUGAAAGGGCGAACGUCGAAGCGGAGAAAAGCUCGCCUAGAGUCUGAGGAUUCGGAUGAAGAGGGUGUGUUCACGGACGACGGAGAGGAGGAGGAUGAGGAGGAGGAGGAAAAUUGGGAGGCGGACGAUAUUAGGAGUGCCGAGGGUGCGGGUGGUGAAGACGGUGUUACGCUAGACGCGAACCAUCUUUCGGCGGAGCCAACGGAGGCAGCGGAUAUCGAUGCUGGGCGCAUGCAAACGCAGGAAUGGGUCAGCGCGCAUGAGGUCGAUGAAAGCGGGGUUGAGUAUAAGGCAGCGUGGAGGACGUACACGGCGAAAUUCGCCGAGAGCACGCGACGCAAGAUGAUCGUACACACCAUACAAACGCUGGCGCCACCGGUACAACCUGUCUACGCAAGUCUUGUGGACUGUAUGGAGAGCCUUCUGAGGGAUGACUUGAAGUGGGACAUGGGGACGGGCGGUUAUCUCGACAGCAAAAAGCGGCCUCGUGCGGCAUCAAGUAUUACUUCUCGGCGCGGCGGAGUGUUGCAAGGCGAGGUGCCGGUUGAUUGGGGAGAGAAGAUGAUAGAAUGGUGGAUCUCACUGCAGCCGGUGGAACGCGGAGAGGCUUCGGCCGUCGGUGACUUGAGCGCGCCCGCAACCCACAUGGCGUGGGGGUCGUUGGCUGAGGCACGCGGGUACAAAGGAGCAUUCCUGCUCGUCUGGUGCAUGAUGUACUGGGCGCGGAGCGGGCUGCAUAUGGAAGACUGGACGGCGGUGGCGCGCGACAUGAUUCGCGUGUUCGAGGUCCUGCACACUGUGCGGAACGAGGCCUGUACUACGCCGAGCGCCGAGGACGGGCCACGCAAGAAAAUGCGGCUGGAUGAUCAGCGGGUCGUGGCUGACGGUGAAGAAACACACAGGCAGCGGGCGUCAAAAAAGCCAGGCCCGUUCGGAUGGCGCUAA